AUGUGCUAUUUUUUGUUUAUUGCAGGUGUUGCUGAAAAGCUUAUUGAAACAGGAAGAAUUCCAGGAAUUUUAACAGGGAAUCAACAAGUUCACAGAUCAGUGUACAUCCCGUACAUUUAUUCUCAAACACAGAAUGACUGGGUUGAUAAUUUUUGGAAGCAAAAUGGAUAUUUAGAGUUUGAAGCAUUGCGACGUUUGGAUAUCAGCGACCCUGAAGGUUAUAUCCGUCGUCGCCUGAAAGGAGAGGAUAUAACAUAUAUUGGUGAAAUGUGCAUUGGCUCUGGUUUCAUUGACCAAAUUGAUGCUUCACUUGAUGAUGCAUUAGUAUCCGGUGGAUGGGUUGAUAUAUACCCUCUUCUGCCAACAUCCUUUUCCUCAGAGGAUGGAAGCCAGCUGUUGGAAAUUGCUCUUAGGAAUCGCCAAGAUAAGAAAUCUACUGCUAAUGCAAGGGUGUUCUGUGAUACGAUAGUUGUCAGUAACCAGAUAAUUUCAAGGGUAACAAAUGACCUCAGACAGUUAAUGCCUGCAAGAGCAAAAGAAGCAAUAGAACAAGGUUCUUUCAAACAGCAGCUUUAUAGCAGCAAAAGUAAACAAAAUGAUGAUAGUAGUAGCAAGAACAAAAAAGAAGAAAGACGUAAAAAAGCAGUAGGAGGAAAGUUUGGUGGUGGCACUCAAGGACGAGAAACUAAGACCAAGUCCGUUAAAAAUAAGAACAAAGGUAGAAGGGGAGCAGCUCAGGAUUCAGACUCUGAAGAUGAUUUACAGAAUCGCCAGGCUUCAGGUGAGGGGUCAGGGAAAUUUCCUAAGAUUGAGUUCUUGUCCUUGGAGAAACUUCAAGAGGAAAUUGCAAAUAAAAAAGAACUUGCUGAUAGCCCUGAAGAAUUGAUUGAGGAAAUGGCAAAGGAUUUACAAGAAUCUUUGACUAAGGAAUUCCAAGAAGUGGUUCAGGCAGCAUUUUUGGCAACUGUAGCAGUAGGAGGUGAUACUCGGAAGAAAACACAUCAACAGCUUCAAGAAAAAGUGUCAGCCUUAAUUACUACUACUAGACUAUCUGAAAAGGGUAUAAAGGCUUUUGAUGGAGAAAUACAAAUGCAACUGAAAAAGCACCUCCUCAGAACUCAAUGCUCAGAACUUGUUAGUGAACUAGUUUUAUACCUAGCUGAUGAUAGCCUUCUGGAAGUUAAUCGUGACAAAGAAAUGAGCCCUGAGGUUCGGCUCAAAAUAAUAAAAAAUCUAUCUGAGGACAUAACGGAACCAUUAUUAGCUAUCCACAAGUCUCUCAUCAGCAGUGACAUGGAAGAAUUCUUGGCUUUAAUAGAUGAUGCAGUAUCAGCCACUGGGAUAAUGCUGAAAAAGAAAGACAACAAGAAAGACCGGCAGGUGUUAUCAAAUCACCGAUGUCAACUCCUAGAGCAACUGGAAAGCCUAAUGGACCCUCCAUUGAUUCUUCAUUUGGCCUGUUUGAUUCUCUUCCAGUCAGUUUCUGGCUGUAUGUUGCAUGCCUCAGGGAAGUUUGUGCCCCACAUCCUGGCAUAUAUUAAGAAUCAAAUGCCAGCUGAUAAAUUUUCUCUUCUGCAAAAUUAUCAAGAUUUAGUAAUCAAAUCAUUAACCAACAAGGACGAGAGCAUUUUGAGUGGAGUUAAAACUCAGCUAGAAGCACUGGCUCCCUCUGUUAAGGAAAUUGCAGUAACAUUCAAGAAAUCAUCUUCCUUAUCACAAUCAGAAGAAUGACUCUAAAAUGGGAAUCCUGUCUUUCUUUUAACUCUUAAAAUGAAUUGUUUUUGCUUUUUCAGUAAAUCUGUUUUAUAUGUGUAUUAUAUUAGCUGAGGUUAGCAUAUUGACCUUUGCCCUGUGAAAUAUGUCUUAUUGACGUCCAUGAUAGUAUUUGUGAGGGUUUAUCACUGGGGAAAAUAUUAGGUUUCAUUCAUGGACAUCUUAUGGGUCAUUACAACAGUGUUUCUGAAUCCAUGGAUGAAGGAUUGCUUAAUGUAGCAUUAGUGCCUUGUAAGUAUAUUUUGGGGUGAGGAUCUUGAUUUAGGAUGAAUUAAAGAUGAUGUAUUAAUUUUUAGGCUAUGAAAAUAAUUGUUUCAGUUUCAUUUAUUAUUUCCAGAUGAAAAAAUAAAAUUGGUUUUGAUCAUGUGUGUCCUGCAUUGAUAAUCUUCCUUGACAGUGAUAUAAAAUUAUGCUUACAUAAUAUUUAUUUAAUGUUUGUUUUACAGCAGGUAAGUGGUUUUUUUCCAGGUACUGAUGCUCUCACAGCAUUUGUUUCUAUUUUUAUGGUUUAUAUGAGCUGAACAAUAUCUAAUGUAAAGGAAUGGAAGUAAAGUUUUAUUUGCAUAA